CAGCUUAACUCACUUGUCUGACUAACCUUGCCGUAGCAAGACAUCACAGAGCUCCGCGCCGUAAUCGUGUGUGAGCUGCACAUAAAAACGUGCACUUUUCUUAAGUGAUUUUCCCUAUCGUGAAAGGCCAAGUUCUUCAGCUAGCACACGCAAGAACCGCGUAAUCGAAAAACCCUCCACCUGGCUGUUACAAAUGUAGUCCCACGGGGUGUAUCCGUAGUUUCUAUUGUUACUAUUUUAUGUGUCUUUCCGACCACGGUUCAGUUCGGUGGUUGCUUACAGUGUCCGUGUCUCUGUGUGCGUAUCCGUCGUCUGAGGUUAUCCACGAAAGUUGUUACUACAUCAAGCAGUUCGUCUUGGGUCGUGAAGUAACCCUGCGCUGAAAUCGCAGUAGCCCCAAUUUCGAGGUGCAGCCAGCUUGUGUGUGUGUGUGUGUUUGCAUAACCGUCAUCCAGAAGUGAAGGAAAAUCUCCCACCACUUACCCGGUCGGUGAAGAAAGUCGGAGCGAAAAAUCUUGGAGAAAGUGAUCGAGCCAUCCCGGGGUGUUUCAUCAGUACGGAUUGAUCAGCAUCAGUGCUUGAUCGUGUGUCGUCGGAAAGCCCCCCGAUCACUUUUGGUGCAUUCGACCAAAUAUCUCAACAUAAUUGUGAUCCAGCAGGCCCUCAACGCCAUCGGAAGUUUUACCUGAUCAUCUCAUUCGUUGCCAAAUCGUAGUUGUAGCUGUAUCUCAUUUACACUGGGCUCCACAGUGCACGGCCACAACCCAAGCGCCUCAUUCCAAUGGGUUGACACGUCUACAACCACACGUGAGUUCGUGGCGCCAGCAGAACGAGCAGAAGUUCGAGCAGACGAGAGGAAGCAGCUGCUGUUGGCCGGAGUUGGCAACAACCUACCAUCUCCGGAGCGUUGGUUCCAGCGGUUCCGGUAGCAGAGUGCUUUUCUGCCAACGUCUAUUCAGCGGCCCGUUAGUGGUGCGUUUUCCGUCCGUCGAUCGGUCCUGUUUGUCAAAAUAACACCCGAGGAACAGCAAGGAGCGUAGCAGUUUGUCCAGGAGAAUCCAUUCGAAUCCUUCCCAUCCCCGGACGGACUCACCGAAAGCAAUCCGAACUCCGAGAUCGAUUUCCAAUGAGAGUAGUCCAGUGCGCAAGGUAUCUAACAGCGGCGUCCCACCCGGCAUCCGUCUGCCCGUCCGGUGUACCAUCAGCCCGAGGACUGGGGGAACUGUUCUGCUACAGCUACUACGCCGUCGCCACCAUUCUGCUGCACCUGUUUGCCGUCCUGCCGCGGAUCAUCGCCGACCUCAACUAUCGAGUGCCGAUCGGCUGCUGGCAGCCAUAGAAACGUAACUGCGCACGCACCUAAUUCCUGCUGGAGCGUUCUUCUUUCGGGGGCUCAAAAAACCGGGCGGAAGACCCACAGUACAGGUGAUCGUCACAAGCGAACAUUCCAUUUUGCUUUGCUGUGUAGCUGUGUUAUCCGUAUCGCGUGGAAACGGCUAUCAUCAUGCUGAAGGUUGUCGGAGCAUCCUGGCAGCGAACCCGGAUAGGGUCCUACAUUCUGAUCGGCGCGUUAAUGCUAGCGGUUGCUGCACUCUUCCUGGCCGAUAUGGAGCGUCCAAGCUACAAAGGAACCUACUGUGCCACAACCUACUGGGCACGGAACUCUGGCUAUCGGCUAGAGUUCUGGGGCCAGCGUAAUGAUCUCGAUCUCGUGCCGAAGGGAGCAGUGCGAGCGUGCUUCCGUGACAGCAUUCUGACGAAUGGAUGGUCUCAGCUAGAGCUAGAAUCUCAGUCUUCCUACACGGAUACGGUGCAGGCGUAUGCGGCCGGCAUCAUGGAAGGGGCCCUAACAUGGCACAACAUCUACAUGCAUUGGUCUAACACCAUCGAUGCCGUUUGCUCGAAGGACGUCGAGUCGGAGGAGUUUUGCGAUUGGUUGCGCGGUCUCAUCACCACCAACGUGGACACGGUGAAGAAGAUGGCCGAUAUGAAGGGCAAGCACGACUACUACUGGUACCAGAUAGCCCUGUUCUACGAUCAGCUCGAUGGGCUCGAAAUAGGGUUCCGCAAGGGUGUGAAGCGAUCGCGCAUGGAUUACGAAAUUCCGAAGCAAGAUUUUCUACUCAUGAACGCUGCGGUCGAUAUCCGGGACCUGAAGAUUUACUACACAAACUUUUUGAUGGAAAACAGUGGCCUUAAACCGGAUCCGGCGAAGGGAAUUAUGCUGCUAAAGCUGCUGAAACAACCGAACGGUCUGUCGAAGAUCUUGCUAGGCCACACGUCCGACGGUAGCUACUCGUCGAUGCUUCGGAUGGUGAAGAAGUACACGCUGAGGUAUCACUUCUCGGCGGACGAUGUGCGGCCAGUGGCACCGAAGAAGGAUGUAGAGGUGGAGGAUAACUCCGUCGUUCCUGGAACGAACAUCGUGUUUACCGGGUAUCCGGGCGUGCUGGCGUCGCUCGAUGACUUCUACGUGAUCAAUGGGCGCCGGCAGCACCGGCUAGUGGCUGCUGGGGUGAAGAUGGAAAACGAACACGUAAAUCUGUGGCGUAAGAUUGACCUCGUACGGUCAGUAUCGCUAGCGCCGCGUGUGAUGGCAGCCAACCGUCUCGGACAUAGCGGUCGCUCGUGGGCACGCUACUUCGCCCGCAACCCGUCGACAGGCGUGAAGCAGUGGCUGGUGAUCGAUAUGUCACGCUUCGUGGCUAGUAAUAGCAGCGAUAUCGAUCUGCUGACAGCACAGCUACCACCGUCGGAUGUGGAUGUGGACCGAUCGGACGAGGAGAACGAGAUUCCAACAACGCUGGAUCAGGACCAGCCGCAACGUGUAGUGACCAAACGGAUGGAUGAUUACGUGGACGAUGACUUCAAGGAGCAUACGGCCGGCGCUCGGCAGGUUCGAAUGGUAACGAUUCCAAAAUCGUCGGCCGAACCCGUCGAAGUAGAGGAAGUGCAGCAGGAAGGUGCGUUUGGGCCGGGAAUGUUCUGGGUGGUGGAUCAACUGCCCGGACGGCUACAUGCGGAAGAUAUUACCGAAAAGAUCGUCGCCGAUGGGUACUGGCUAACGAACGGUGUGCCGUACUUUAAGGAAGCACUCGAUAUUGGGCAAGCGAACGCGAACGCUACCACCAACACCUCCGCCACGACCAUGGAAAAGAUUCUGCAAAACAUCACAGAUCUGGAGACGCUGGCCCGAUUCUUCCGGCAGUCCGCGUACCGGGGCGAUCUGGAUCAGGACGAACCGGCCGCCUUUGGUAACAUCGAUCUUAAGCUGUACACCGAAGCGUCGGACGGUACGGUACACUUCCGAGCGUAUUCUGGUCCGCUGUAUGAUCCUGCACGUAGUACCGGCAGCACCACAGGGCAAGCGGCCAAGCGAAGUAUCAUCAAAGCGGAACCACUGCAGCAAGCUUCUUCCGAGGGAGAAACCCCGACGCAACACGAUUCGGGUAGUGCGGCAAGUGCGGGAACCUCCGUAGGCUCUCGUCCAUUUGAUUGGAGCCGAAUUUUACCGUUCGAGGUGCGCCACCAGGGACAUCCGGAUGUUUGGGACUUUGAGCAUAUUACACCGGAGUGGGCGUGGAUAUGAGUGCGCCACAGGACAUCGUGGCCAUUAGUUCAAUUGUUUCCUCUUCUAUACUCCUCCCAUACACAAACACCGAUGUGCAAUAACGUUCUCAGAUCACAAUGUCUUCCAAUGAAAGAUCCCAAUUUUUAAAUGCCUUAAAAAUUUAGGAACAAUGAAUGAUUUUUUAAACAAAUUUAGACAAAUGUUACAUAUAUUGCGCAAAUUUGCCGUUCCUGUUGAUGGCAUUGCGUUAGCUACUACAAAUACACUCACGUUUUAUAAACCAAUUUUAAAACAGAAACAAACACAAUAGAAAAGGAAAAGACGGAAUCACAA